GAUGAUCAUAUGUCCCACUUAAAUAUCAGCAACUUCCAGUGAAAGAGAAACAUACACAACCACACAUAUGACAUAUCUAAUUAUCUAUAAACAAGAGCUGAUCAGUGUAUUCAUUCAUACAACCCAAGCAACAAAUUAACAACUUUAUACCAUUUGCCAUGACGAUAUCAAAUUUCAUCUCUCAUCUGUACCUUUCCUUGUUUCUGCACAUGAUCAUUGCCACCACACUCGUUGCCGGCGAUCCCCCACCUAUCUACACUCCGGUGGAAGAUAUCACCGUUAAAUGUGGCCAUCCCGGCCACUUAUUUAAUCAGGAUGAUAAACGAAAUUGGAGUGGAGAUGUCAACUCAAAGUUUACCCCGAUAGAUGUACACCAAGCAGCUGGUGGUAACACAUCCGUGUUCAAAGAAGCACCGCACGGCUCCUCCGUCUCCCAAAUUCCUUACACCACAGUUCGGCUUUCUCGCUCUGAAUUUACUUACAGAUUUAACCUCACCGCCGGCCAAAAGUUCAUCCGCUUGUACUUUUACCCUGUUUCAUACCCUGACUUUGACCGCUCCAAAGCGCUGUUUACUGUCAAAGCCGGUGGAUUUACCCUUCUCAACGACUUCAACGCUUCUGUCAAUGCCGAUGCUUAUGGGAUGGAGACAGUAUACAGAGAAUUCUGCAUCAACAUUGAGGAAGAAGAACAAAGUCUAAACAUCACAUUCACUCCCAGUCGAAGCAAAGCAAGCCCGGAUGCGUAUGCGUUUAUCAACGGAAUUGAAAUUGUGUCCAUGCCCCCAAAUCUUUACUACACUGCACCAGAAGACGACCCCCAUCGGAUUAAAUAUAUAGGCAACGAAAAUAAUUUUUAUCGUGUGGAAAACGUCACUGCUCUAGAGACAGUUUACAGAAUCAACAUAGGGGGAGCCGCGGUGGAUGUCGAUAAAGACACCGGCUUGUACCGCGAUUGGAAGGGUUAUUUAUUUGAGCAACUGUACUUGGAUGAGGCAAGUUAUAAUCGGAGCGCUCAACCACAAAACCUAAGUCUUCAUAUCAACUUUACAAAGACACCGAACUACUCUGCUCCGGAACAAAUUUACCAAACCGGGAGGUCUUUGGGCCCAAACGCCACCAUGAACCAGCGCUACAACCUCACCUGGGGUUUUUUUGUCCAUCCCAACUUUUUGUACCUGGUUAGGCUUCAUUUUUGUGAGUUUCUGUCUGCAAUCACGGAGAUUGGUGACCGAGUGUUUCUGAUCUACGUAGCCAAUCAAACGGCGGAAGAACGAGCCGACAUAAUGGAGUGGAGUGGCGGGAAUGGGAUUCCGACGUACAGAGACUAUGUUGUGUUCAUUCCUACCGGCACCGGAAACAAGAAGAAAGUACCUCUCUCUGUCACACUGCAAGCACUCCCUGUGCCUAAACCAUAUCGGAUAACUAAGUACUUGGAUGCAAUUUUGAACGGUCUGGAGAUCUUCAAACUGAAUGGAACAAAUGGUAAUCUCGCCGGACCAGACCCCGAUCCGCCUCUUCCUCAUCCGAAAGAAGUGAUCCCAUCAAGCAAAAAACUUUCCAAGUCAAGGACUCAUUUUGUUGCCGUUGUUGCUGGCGCAGUCUCCGCGGCGCUCAUAGUGCUUUCCGUACUAGGGUUGCUCUUGGUUUUUAGACACCGACAGAAAUAUGUCAAGGGCUACGGAGCGGCAAACUCUACCAAUUCACGGGGCGGCUCAUCUCUGCCAUCCGAUUUGUGUCGCAACUUUUCGUUGGCGGAGAUGAAAGCCGCCACCGAAGACUUCAACGAAAUUUUCAUUAUUGGGGUUGGCGGGUUCGGCCACGUGUACAAAGGGUACAUCAACACAAGCAGCGGUGCUAGUGGGACCACCCCCGUCGCGAUCAAACGGCUUAAGUCCGAGUCGUCGCAGGGGGCCCAGGAGUUCAAGACGGAGAUCGAGAUGCUAUCGCAACUUCGCCACCAGCACUUGGUGUCACUCGUCGGGUAUUGUACGGACGAGGGUGAGAUGAUCUUGGUGUACGAUUACAUGGUGCGUGGCACCCUCCGCGACCAUCUUUACAACACCUAUAAUCCUCCUCUUUCGUGGGAUCAACGACUUCAAAUUUGCAUUGGCGCCGCUCGUGGGUUGCAUUAUCUACACACAGGUGGGAAGUACACGAUUAUUCACCGAGACGUGAAGAGCACAAACAUCCUAUUGGAUGAGAAAUGGGUGGCUAAAGUGUCCGAUUUCGGGUUGUCAAAAAUGGGCCCCACCACCAUGUCCAAGACCCAUAUUACUACAGUGGCGAAGGGUAGUUUCGGGUAUUUGGAUCCGGAAUACUACCGUCUUAACCAGCUGACGGAAAAGUCUGACGUGUACUCCUUCGGGGUGGUGUUGUGUGAGGUUUUAUGUGCCAGACCAGCUUUGGUGCGGGGACCAGACAAGAAGCAAAUGAGCCUAGCUCACUGGGCAAAGAGUUGCUAUCUCAAGGGAGAACUUGAUAAAAUUAUUGACCCUAACUUGAAGGGUAAGAUCGGAACUGCGUGUAUGAAUAAAUUCGCCGACGUCGCGGUGAGUUGCAUGCAUGAUAACGGGAUCGAUCGGCCGUCGAUGAAUGACAUUGUGUGGGGGCUUGAGUUUGCAUUGCAGCUUCAUCAAAAAGAGGAACAAGGAGAUGUAGGUUUCGACAUUGAAAAGAAGGGAGAAGAUGAGCGUGCGAUAAUGAACGAUAGUGAUGCAUUAGGGCUUAGUAGUAGCUUGGGAGAGUCAUCGGAUUGGAUGUCCAAAACAAAUAGUAGUGAGCAAAAUUCUACUACAAACGAACCGAUCAAAGGGAUGUCGAGGACAAUCUUUUCUGGGAUCGACGAUCAGGAUGGGAGAUGAUUAGUUGUCACAUAUUUAUUUAGUGGUGAGUAUGUGCUACAAUUUCAACUCAACUUGUAAUUUAUGUAUUUUUUUAAAUUGAGUAAACUGCUGAUUUUUUUCCCAAACUUUCA